UAUUUUCUCUCUGAAUUUUCAACACAAGUAAACAACCACCGGAAAAGCAUUUUUCUCUCACCUUUCCAAGUUCAAACCCAACACAAACCCGAGCACAGAUUCUCUUUGUAUUCCCUUUUGCUUCUUUCUUCUCCCCCCUGUUCAUUUUUUCAAACACUGAAAACGCAUCACCAGCACCAGCAGCAAGCACGUAAGGACGUCGUCGAGAGAAGCUCGUUUCUCUCACUCGCUACAACCCUCAAUUCUCGCGUUUUCUCCUAUUAGAAACCGAAAAAUUUUUCGCGUGUCAUACAAAGAAAGGGGAUAGAAAAGAACACGUUUACUCUGCGAGGACGUAUAUGUAGCUUGCUUGUUUGUUACAGCUUAAUUUUCGGAAUAUCUCUGGGAUAUGUGAAACUUGGCAACAAGCAGUAUGGGAAACAACGUAUUUGAUGGGCAGAUAUUAACAGAAAAGUUGUUGAAACUCAACAAUUCGCAACAAAGCAUUGAAUCAUUAUCCCGUUUGUGUAUUUCUCACCGGAAGAGAGCUAAAGAAAUAGUUGAAACAUGGGAUAAAUUGUUCAGUUCUUCCCAGAAGGAGCAGUGCAUCUCUUUUCUGUACUUGGCUAAUGACAUCUUGCAAAAUAGUAAACGGAAGGGCGGUGAGUUUGUUAAUGAAUUCUGGAAAGUUCUUCCAGCAGCUCUCAGGCGUGUUUAUGACAGUGAUGAACAUGGAAAGAAAGCAGUAACCAGACUUAUUGACAUUUGGGAGGAGAGGAAGGUUUUUGGUUCACGGGGUCAGGGCCUUAAGGAUGAAAUAAUGGGUCAGAAUCCCCUUCCAUCAUCUACAAGUAAUGGGAAGAGUUCUAAUCCUAUCAAGAUAGUGAAGAGGGAUGCCCACUCUGUGAGAUUAAAACUGGCUGUUGGGUGUUUGCCCGAAAAAUUGCUAACAUCAUUGCAUUCUGUUCAUGAUGAACAUCUUAAUGAGGAAUUUGCCUUAAACAAGUGCAAUGCUGUUGUACACCAAGUGGGUAAACUUGUAGAAGAUGCGGAAAAUAUAUUGGCUCAAGGAAAUCAGCUGGGAUCCACAUUGGUAAAUGACUUGCAAGAACAGGAAAAUGAGCUUAAGCAAUAUAUGGUGCAACUUGAAAAUGCCGAGGCUGCCAGGGCUACUUUACUUUCCCAGCUUAAAGAUGCACUGCAGGAACAGGAAUCAAGGCAAGAGCUUGUUCACACCCAGUUACUAGCUGCACAAGGCCAGAUUGAGCAAGCUGCAAGUAUCAGGAAGAGGUUUACCGUAGCACCAGAAGCUACUAGGGCGUUGGAGCAAAAUCUUCCAUCAGUUCAACCAAACAACACUCCUCUUCAGCCUUCUUUUACCCAACCACCUAUAUCAUUUGCUCCUCCCCAAACCACUGAAGAAGAUAAGAAGGCAGCUGCAGCUGCUGUUGCUGCUAAGCUUGCUGCCUCUACAUCCUCUGCCCUUAUGCUUACAUCUGUUCUUUCUUCCCUUGUUGCAGAAGAAGCUGCCUCCAUGAAUGGUAGCUUAAACUCUACUGGGUUUACUUCAGGGUUACCUGUUUUCCGUCCAGAGAAAAGACAAAAACUUGAAAAACAAAUGCAUGCUUCUGAGUUUAACAGUACUGAUAUGGGGAGCUCUUCUUUUCUGGGCACUUUACAACAACCAUCAGUAGCAAAUGUGCCACUGACACACUCAAUCAGCUUGCAACCCAUACCACAACCCAACCAAUCACAAGCUGCAUUUGCUUCAGGUCCCCCACCUCCUCAUUCCCCCGUGAACCCACCAGCAAAUCAGUUUGUUCAAUCUACUGGAUUAAUGGUUGGGGGAAUUCCUUAUGGAUAUGGAUCAAACAACCUACCACCUCCACCUCCACCUCCUUUACCUCCACAUGUGGCAAUGGGGUUAUCAAUGGCCGGCAUGCAGCCAUCACAGUCACAGGCCCAGCAACAACAGCCGUCAGCAACUGGAGGAUUUUACAGGCCACCAGACAUAGGGUUUUAUGGGCAAAGCCAUUCAUCAACACAACCAGCACCAGUACCUAGGCAGUGAGCGUUAUUCAAACGUCAAAAAUCAACAGCUAAGAUUGCUGCCAUCUUUGUAUCAAGUUCAUUUAGGAAACUUCUGUACACCAAGGGGAGGCUAUGUAGUAAUGUAAAUCAGUAGAAAAUUAAAUGUGGCAAGAAUUCUGUCAUGACCAUAGUCGACUGUGAUCUUCAUGACAACUGUGAUCAUUAGCUGACAACUGUGAUCUUCAUGACCAUAAUCGACUACUGUUUAAAUCUGAGUAGUAGGUUUUGUCAUCAUUAGCUGACAACUGUGAUCUUCAUGGCCAUAGUCGACUACAGUUUAAAACCUGAUGGGCCCCUUGCAAAUUGUUCUGAAACACUCGGUACUCUUGUCAUGCAUGGUGUAUCAUGUGUGUGGACCACCUCUGUCUUCAUGAAGCUGCAUAUUUGCAUGAACAUUGGUGGCUGGGGUUAGUCACCUCUUCUAUGAAUUCCUAGGAGGCUUGCCAUUGCUUUCCAUUCUCCUAGAAUACUUCUAUUUUGGGAGGUAAGAGGUUAAUGUAGUGCAGUAUCAGAUGACAAGAUAUGUUGGCAUUUUUUGUUGGGAUUUUGCAUGAUAACAUGGGCAGUCCAUCAACGUGGAAUGCCCUGGUAUGGUCUGCACGGGUCCUUCCCAAUACAAGAUGUCUUUAGGCCCUGUUAUUUACACCGUUCCAUUUCCUCUUUGCAUUGUUUUUCUUUUAAUUUUUUUUUAUAAAAAUAUUCUUAACACUGCCAA